AUGGCUAUUAUUCUUCCACGGUCCCUUGCUAGCUCCGAGAGUCCCGAGUGGACUUCCCCAAGUACACAAGAUAAAGGGAAGGGUCGUCUGAGGAGCCUCUCCAAGCCAUCCACUCGUCGAUCCAGCUCGAGUAGCCAGCGGCGAGCUAGUUCUAUCAGCUCAAACCAGACCCGGCUCGACCAAAUAUGGAGCACCCAGCAUCUAACUAAGCGUCCUCGGGAUAUACUACCUAGAGGUAGAGCCUCGGCAUCUUGCAGAGAUCCAACGCCAGUCGCAUCUUCCAGAGUUCCGUCGUCUCCCAGAACUCCAGCACCGGUACCAUGGUCUAGUGUUCCGUCAUCCCCCAGAACCUUAGUACCGACCACACCGUCCAAAGUCCCGUCGUCUCCUAGCACUCCAGUACCGGUUGCACCCCCUCUUGUCACUUUAUCGCCGUUCGUAUCAUCUACUAGGCCGUCUACUACCCACCAGGUAGAGCCAUCCUCUCCUACCAGCAUCCAAUCGCCGCUUAGUCCAUACCAACGUCCACAGAAGCGUCCGAGGACAGACCUAUCCACAGCAGUCCAGCCUACAGACAAACGUACAAGGGUAGCACCGGCUACUCCACGACCAACUCAUUGGUCACAGUCAUCUCUACACCAGGCAGACCGUAGCCAGAUACCCCUCUAUGCCGUUGAGUUCCCCAAUGCGGCACCGAGCGUUUACGGCAGUACUAUCUCUAGUGCUCAUACCGACACAUAUACUGACGCAGACUCUGAACAUCGUCCGUCACGGUCCCGCUCACAGAGCAGCGCAGAUCUAGAUUAUGCCGACCUCAGGGCCCGAAUACACCAGGAGGAGCAAGCGGUUCAGGCUCUUAUGGAACAGCCCGAUCAGCGUCCAGCGCGGCGCGCUACAACGAACCCCCCGAUGGCCGAGGUUCCGGUGCACCGAUUCGGGACCCCAUCGCGCCACUGGCGUCCGGCCGAAGUGGCGAAGCUCGAGGAGCUCCUCGGGGAGUUCGGCACCGCGUGGCAGGCAAUCUGGAACGACAACUAUAUCGGAUGGACCAAGGGCCCCAAAUCCGACUGGAUCCACCCUGGCCGAGACGCCAAAAAGUACCGCUACAAAGCGAGGAAUAUGAAGAUUCAGAUCAUGAGGUCCGUCCCUCCAAACGCUUCGAUCCACAUUCGUUCUACUAAUCGCCCGUCUAGUGCUCAGGAGGACGUACCGAUCUACCUUGCGGACGUAAAUCUCUCCCGCGCCGAGCUAAACCGAGUCGCCCAGGGACGGAUAUCACACGCGAGCGCUCGGGGUCCCCAGUCACGGCGUCCGCUCCCACAGUCUACUCGGCGAACAGGACACUAUACCCGAAAGUUUGAGCAGAGCCUUUUCAGGAUCCCUCCUAGCUACUAG